GCCUUUGCCUCAGAUGGAGCCCAGAGAAGCCACUGGGAAAGAGAACAUGGGCACCAAGAAAAAGAAUCUGACUUUCUUGAGGCCCAGGCUCUAUAUGCUGGAGAGAAGGAAGACCGACACAGUGGUUGACAGCAGUGUUCCUGGGGACCACUCUGGUACCUUGAGGAGGAGCCAGUCUGACAGGACCGAAUACAACCAGAAACUACAAGAAAAGAUGACUCCACAGGCUGGGGCUUCUGCCACUGAGACCCAAACUCAGGAGGAGCAUCAGAUGCAGAGAAUGAUGGCAAAGCGUUCGAAAAUCAUCAAGGAGCUGAUACAGACGGAAAAAGACUACCUCAAUGAUCUUGAGCUGUGCAUUAGGGAAGUGGUUCAGCCCUUGAGAAAUAAACAGAUUGAUCGGCUGGACGUGGAUAGCAUGUUUAGCAACAUUGAAUCCGUGCAUCAGAUAUCAGCCAAGCUGCUGUCAUUGUUGGAAGAGGCCACAACAGACGUGGAACCGGCCAUGCAAGUAAUCGGAGAAGUGUUCUUGCAGAUUAAAGGACCACUGGAAGAUAUUUAUAAAAUCUACUGCUACCACCAUGAUGAGGCGCACAGCGUAGUGGAAUCCUAUGAAAAAGAAGAAGAGCUGAAGCAACAUUUGAGCCACUGUAUCCAGUCCUUAAAGAAAAUAUACAUGCAAGAAGGCAAGCCAAACUUACUGGACAUGGGCUCUUUGAUGAUCAAACCAAUCCAGCGUGUAAUGAAAUACCCCCUCUUGCUGUGUGAACUCCGGGGCUCCACCCCUCCCUCUCACCCAGACUUCAGGGCGCUGGGAGAUGCUUUCACUGCAGUAAAAGACAUUAAUGUGAACAUCAAUGAACUUAAAAGACGGAAAGAUUUAGUUCUAAAAUACAAGAAGAAUGAUGAGGAGGAAUCACUUAAAGAUAAAUUGUCUAAACUAAACAUUCAUUCAAUUAGCAAGAAAUCAAAAAGAGUGACAAAUCACCUAAAGAUUCUAACCAGAGGAGAACCCCAGGUGAAAGACAAUACCUUCAAUAGAGAAGAAAAGCUGUUUAGAUCUUUAGAAAAGACGGUGAGGCAUUGCGUGAAGAACAUUUCCCUCUGUCUUCAGCAUAUCCAGGAUGCCAUGCCCCUAGCGCUGCGGAGUGUCAUGGAGCUCCAGGAGAUCUCAUGCAACAAAGACAAGGAGGAGAGGAGCCAUUCGGAGGCCCCAAGGAAUGCCCUGAAUCCCUGUGACGACUUUGCAGCCCAUUUGCAGAGGCUCGUCCUGAUGCCCCUGUCGGCCCUGCUGUCCUUAUUCACAGGGCCUCAGAAGCUCAUCCAGAAACGCUAUGACAAACUGCUGGACUGCAACAGCUCCCUACCACGGGCAGCAGGAGACGAGUCAGACUUGGCCAAAAAGGAGUACGAGGCCCUCAAUGCCCAGCUCGUGGAGGAGCUCCAGGUGUUCAACCAGGCUGCUCGGAAGGUUCUGUGGAACUGUCUGUGCAGUUUCAUGGCUCUCCUCAGGGACCUGACACUUGCGGCUCGGCAGGUUUAUUCCACGGUGGCGCCGGUACCACUGUUGGCCUCAAGAAUCUCUGAAAUUCAGAAUCAAGUACUAGAAGAGGUUCAAAAUCUUAAUUUUGUAAAGGACAACAGUACCACCUUUAUUGAGAGGAAGCUUAGUUUUGAAAAGAAGAAGCCUGUGCAAAUUCUGCCAGAAGUGCCCCGUCAAACUGACAUUCACCGCUCCAAACUUCUAUCCACGUACAGUAAAGAAGAACUCUACCAAGCGAAGCGGAAGUGCAAUGCUACCCAAGAAUAUGACAUCAAUCUUCUGGAAGGGGAGUUGGUGGCUGUGGUGGAACAGAAGGAUCCACUGGGGAGUACAAGCAGGUGGCUUGUUGACACAGGAAUUAUAAAAGGAUAUGUGUAUUCCUCCUUCUUAAAACCCUACAACCCAGCGAAAGCACAGAAGGUGGACACUGAGAACAGGUUCGGUGAUGAGGAUUUUGAUAACAUCAGCCUCUUUGUGUCCUCACGGCCAGCUAGUGACAGUGUCACAGGCACCCUGGAAAGUAGCAUAAGUGACAGCAGCUCAUCUCUUAGUGGUACAUAUGGAAAGUUUGAAACAAAUGGCACUGACGUGGACAGUUCUCAAGAGGUAGAUGAACAGAUUUUCUAUGCAGUUCAUGCCUUUCAAGCACGAAGUGACCAUGAACUCAGCCUUCAGGAAUACCAAAGAGUCCACAUACUCCGAUUUUGUGACCUAAGUGGCAAUAAAGAGUGGUGGUUAGCUGAAGCUCAGGGGCGGAAAGGAUAUGUGCCAGCUAACUACCUUGGCAAGAUGACUUAUGCUUAAGGAAAGAAGCCCCUGACUUUUGUUUUCUGGCAAGUUACUGAUUGACUACCUCAUAAAACUUACAUUACAAAAUGUUGGUCUAGAAGUCAAGAAACCUCCAAACUAUAUGGAACUGAUUCUGUAUCAAGUUUUAAGGAAGACUGUGCUUCCUAACAAGAUUAUUUCCCAAAAUGUAUUUUGAAGAAUACAUGUUGAGGGAAACACUUAACAAACAGAAACAGCAAAACGAAUAGCUCAAGCUCAAAAAACAGACCGCUCAAGCUCCAACGAUCAACUACUUAAAAGUGGAGAUCUUUGAAAGGGUAAAUGUGUUCUUUACCAACAUGAAAAGUUGGACCUAAGGAUAAGAUUUUUUCCAUUUACUUUAUUACGUAUUUUCCCUCAAAUAUGUUUUUUUGUUUCUCUUAUUCUCUCUUUUGCAUAUGUGUGCCCAUAUAUAUUCACAUACAUAUAAUCAUAUUCAUUAUAUGGUUUAUACAUACAUAUGUAUAUCAUAUAGAUUAUAUAGAUAUAUGCAUAAACCAGGGAGUAUACUAAAUACACAUAAGAAUAGGAAUUAACAGCCAGCUAGAAGUCUUUGAUGUGGAACAUCUCUUUAAUAUAAGUUUUGAAUGAAAAAAAAACCUGAAUAACAUAAUAUCUAACAUUUACUGAAUGCAUACUACAUGCCAGAAAUUGUUCUAAGUGCUUUAUAUGUGGUAACUUAUUUGAUACUCACAACAUUAUGACAAAACUGUGGCCCAGAGACGUGAAGUAAUUUAUCCCAAGUCACACUGCCAGUAAGUGAUUGGGCUGGACUCAAACUUAGGUAUGGUUCUGGGGUGCAUACUCUUAACCACUAUGCUGUACUAACCCUCCAGGAAAGUAUACCUUUGCUAUCAGCAAAGCACCUAGUGAUACAAACAAUGGACAUUAAUAAGGACCAUUUUUCUCUCAGGUCUGUAUUUAAGUAUUGAGAAGUUUUUCAAAUUCAAGGGCUUCAAGGACUUGAUGAUGUUAGUCUAGAGAAAAUGAAAUAUCUAGGUUUAUUAUUUUUAUUUUUUUGUUUUGUUUAAACAUCUUUUAAAGUAUAAUUGCUUAAAAAUGAUCCUGCAUGAUCACUAAUGAUACUUGAAUGAGGAAAUAUUUUUGGAUCACUCAAUCAUUUGGAUAAUGAACGGGGAAUGUGUGUUCCAUGUACUGAGCCAAGAUGUAAAUAUUUUUAGUUGCUGAUUUGUACUUAGACAAGGCAGGCCUUAAGGAUAACAUUUGCUGAAACACAAUGUCCUGGGACACUGAACUUUAAUUUGGGAAUAGCUCAAAACUGUCCCCUAAAAGAUGUCAGGCAUAUUUUGCCAAGACAUUUUAUUAACCUGUAGAUGCUUCUUUAGAACAGUAAAAAGAUUAAAUUUGACUUAGUGGUUUCCUUUAAAAACCAAAAUAAGGUGGACUUACAUUGCUCACAUAGAACCUGCUACUAUGACAUGAGAUUGUAAGAUUUGAUUGUUUGAGAGAUUUCAUCUCUAUAAUGUAUAUUGUUACAUAUAUUACUGAGGGAUACAAAUAACAAAAUGAAGAGUGCUUUUCAGAUGGCUGUUUAAUGUAUGUACAGGACAUGUACAACCCUAGAAAUUCAUAAGACAUCUACAUGACAAAAAAUUUGCAUUUUAUAAUGUUGUUCCUGAAAUACUUAAUCUAAAGAUGAUUUUAUAAGGUUCUAAUGGUAAGUUUUUGCAUAACAUUUUCUCAUUUUGAGUUUGGAUACCAAAAGAGGAUUCUCUUUUUUGGAUAUACAGGGAUUUUUUUAUGUCUUUUAAAGAGUGCUUUGUGCCUGAUGAUGAAAUUCCAGUUUGCUUAGUUUGGUAAAACAAAAGGAAAUCUAAACUUGCUACUUGUGGUAAUUAUGAAUAUGCCCAACAAACUAGUGGAGAAAUUAAAUAUAAUUUAUUUUAUAUUUAGUAUGUAUUACUGUAAUUAUAUAUUACUGUAAUAUACUGUGUAUUAUAUACUGUAUAUUACUGUAUAUGUGUAUAUAAUACUGUUACAUAUAUGACAGUAUAUAUUAUGUAUAUUUAAAUUAGCCGUGACCUUAAUGCUCCCCUCAAAAUGAAAAAUUGUGUAAGUAGUACAUACCUACUUUUCUGGCUGAAAUGAGUGACUAGAUGUAUAUGAGAAGCUUUGUCUACUUGUGUGGUCCUCGGAUUGAUGCUUCCUGUCUGACCUUUUUAGAAACCACACCAGUAAAGUCAUAGCUGCAGUUGGCGGCUGAGCAAGUAUUGUAAUGAAGCCACUUACUGCAGUCCCUCACUAUUGUGAUGACCAUGUAUUACUAUAAAACUAUGUUGUUGCUAUUUUAAAAAUACACCUACAUUUCAUAUGCCACUUAGGCUUUAUUUUUUUUUAAACAUUAUGCAAUACCUUCAUUUUCUUAGUAUGUUGUUUAAAAUCGAGUAAUUAUAAUUUGGAGGUCAGACAUUUUGUUGGGCCCAAGGGAAAUAAAAUCAAAGAUAAUUAGGAUGUUUGUAAGUCUUUAAGAAGUUUAAAAAGAUAAAACUAUUGGUGACACCAUUAUAAUUAAGGCAUUAAGAAAAAAUUAUUUCUUUAUAUUUUAAAAUUUAAAUGUUAUUGUACAGUAUAGAAUUCUUUGAAAUGAGUAUUUUUGCCAAGAAUGAAGGAGAAAUUUUUGUGGCUGUUUUUCUUUGUAAAACAAAUAAACAAG